UCUCGAACAAACAGCGGAAGCGGUGCGGCGUCACCGAGCAGCAGUCGCCCGUUAAACAUCUAAAAAACACCGGGAGCCAUGAAGAUCUGGACGUCCGAGCACAUAUUCAAUCAUCCAUGGGAAACCGUGACCAAAGCUGCCAUGCAGAAAUACCCCAAUCCCAUGAACCCCAGCGUGUUCGGUGUGGACGUGUUGGACCGUAACGUGGACCAGCAGGGUCGCCUGCACAGUAAACGUCUGCUCAGCACUGAAUGGGGUCUGCCGUCCAUCGUCAGAUCGCUCAUUGGCAACACACGGACAUGCACAUACAUCCAGGAGCACUCCGUAGUGGACCCUAAAGAGAAAACAUUCGAGCUCCAGUCCACCAAUAUCACCUUCACAAACAUGGUAUCUGUGGACGAGCGGCUCAUCUACCGGCCGCACCCGGAGGACCCGGAGAAGACGAUGCUCACGCAGGAGGCCAUCAUCUCAGUGAAGGGCGUCAGUCUGAGCAGUUAUCUGGAGGGUUUGAUGGCGUCCACCAUCUCCGCCAAUGCUGGAAAGGGUCGAGAGGCGAUGGAGUGGGUGAUCCGGCGUCUGAACACUGAGAUCGAGGAGUUAGCGAUGACGGCGAGAGGAACCCUGCGGACGCCGAUGGCUGCAGCCGUAGCUGAUAAAUGAUCUCCUCUUUCUCUUCUUUCCUUUGGGGAAGCUGAUCUUCUGCGUCCGAGACCUCCAGCGUCUACAUUAGAGGCUGACAGGACGCCCACUGCUGCGACGCACAACAUUACCACGAAGAGGAGAGCGCUAGUAGACGCUCAACGCUAGUUUUAAUCAAUCAGUUUAACAGGACAGAGUCUCAGAGACCAUAGACGGACUGCCAAAACAUCAGAAACGCAGCUGGCUAGCAUCGUUCACCAGCACUUAUACACUUGAAGAUCCGUAGUCAUGUUCUAGAACUUAUUUUAUUAUCCUUACUAUAACACUUAUUAAAGCAUCAAGGAAGGGAACAAGCUAAUCCAGACUGGAUUUGGAGGACCACCGGUGUGUGUGUUGGAUUAUUCAGAAGCUGCUGCACGCUCCUGGUGCACGAUGGGAAGAGUGUGACAUCAUCAUCAUCAUCAUGUGAGGGAUGAUGGGUAGGGCCAGAGAGUGUGUUUGGACUCCAGUGUUCUGCUGGGCUUGAUGUGAGGAGGGUGAAACUCAUUCUAUUUAUUUAUUUAUAUUUGUUAGGUUUCUCUUAUUUCAGGCCUUGUGAUUUCCACUUCUGCAAACGCACCUGAACGCUAGCGAUACGCUAACAAACCUCCAUCUGGAUGUGCUGAUGGUGAUGUUUGCGGAUGUGUUAUCGCUCAUGCACUGAUCGUUUCUCUCUUUUUUCCUCCUCAGUUGAGCUUCUGAAUGUCGGCUUCUGUAAUAUCAUGAGGAGCGUUUAAACUCAUCGUUUAUACUGAAUGUAAGUGUUUCUCACAGCUGUAUGAAGUCAUUUGCAGGAAUGUACCGUGGUGGAGAGAUCUGAAGGAAUAGUCCGGUUUGUUUUAGAGGUGUGUGUGUUACUGAACCAGCAGCAGUGAACACAGCCGAAGCGGUUUACACAUGUGGAAAUAAACUAACGUUCAUAUGA